AUGGGUGAUAAAGAGAAGAAAAAAGAUGGAAAUGGUGAAGGUGCUCCAAUUAUUGAAGAUGAACGUUGGGAAUAUCUAUUUAAUUAUGUUGCAAAAUCCUUAAAAAUCAAAAUGGAAAAAUGGAAUAAAAUGAUGUUAAUUGAAGAUUAUAAAGAACUUGUCAUGAAAUUUUUGAAUGAUCCAAAUGUUAUGAACAUAAUUUUUACAAUGUCUAUUGCGGGUUUAUUGACCCCUUCAUUUUCAUAUCCAAAAAAUGUGAAAAAUAAAUGCGUUUAUUUUAUGAAAAAAGGAGCAAUUGAAUUAACAAAUGAAAAUAUUUCAAAAGUAUUACUGUUUGGCGAUAUGUCUCCAAAACCAUUAGAUGAACUUAAAAUUCUUCUUGAAGAGUUAAUUACACCACUCUUGGGAAAUCCUAAAAAUCAAGUAGGUUGGCCCACAGUAGUUAUACAGGAUUUGGAACGACAUUUACAUGAGUUUCGAAACGAUAUUCUCCAAGUUAAAGGCGCAAUGGAAAACGAAACUCUUUUACCAAUGCCAGCUGGUGCAGAAAGGGCAUAUGAAGUAGAACAAGAUUUUCGAGAAAGUGGUGGCGAACAACUUGAUAUCAAAUUGAAAUCAUCGAUUGAAGAAAGCAUCAUAAAAUGGUCAACAAUUGUAAAUGAUGUUAUGAAAGAGAAAUCAUCGACUGGCUUACAAGAUGGUGAAAAAUUAUCACCAUUAAUGGAAAUCGAAUUUUGGGAAAAACGUUUAAAAACAUUGGAAUCAAUUUAUGAACAAUUACGUGAUCCACGUGUUAAAAAGAUGGCAUCUAUUUUGGAAUUAACAGAGAGUGUUUAUUAUCCUAGCUUUAAAAUAUUGUUUCGUAAUGUUGUCGCAGCUGUGGCAGAAGCACGUGACGUUGUAGUCCAUUUAAAACCGCUAGCAAAACAUUUCACACAAUUGGAACAAAACGAUUUUACUGAUUCUCGUAGCUAUUUGAAACCAAUGUUACAUUGUGUGUGCUUAUUAUGGGCAAAUUCACGUUAUUUUUGUUUAAAUUCAAAAAUGACUUUAUUGUUGCGUGAAAUUGCUAACUCAAUUGUUGAAGAGUGUACGAAGGAGUUAGAUCCAGCAUCAAUAUUUCAAGGGGAAAGCGAAGAACAAGUUAAAAUUUUAGAAACUGUUCUUGAUAUACUGAAAAGUUUUAUCACAAUGUAUGAAGAAUAUCGUGACAAAAUAGAAACAUUUUUUCCAAAUCAAAAAGACGCAUUACCAUGGAAUUUUCAUCCAAAAAUGAUUUUUGAUCGUCUUUUAAAAUUUAUAACACGUGUAGAAAAAAUUUAUGAUUUUUUUCAAACUGUUAUUGAAUUUGGACGAUUGGAAAAAGUUGAAAUUGGUGGUAUAAAAGGACGUGGCAUUAGUCAAAAAGUACAAAUGGUUUUAAAUGAAUUCACCAAGUAUAAUGCACAUUUUGGAAAUAUUUCAUAUGAUCCAUUAGAUCCAGAUGAUGAUUCAUUUGAUAAAGAUUAUCAAAAGUUCUUAGACGAAGUUAUUGAUUUAGAUAGGAAAUUGGGAGCAUUAUUUUCACAGGCUUAUGAUGAAUGCUUUAAUUUGGAAAGUAUAUUUAAAUAUCUGAAAGUACUCGGGAAUUUAUUAUAUCGACCGUUAGUUUACGAAGAAAUUGAACCAAAAUUGAAAAAUAUAUUAGAUUUAAUGCACGUCGAAUUAGAUACGACCAAAUCCUUAUUUGAUAAUGGAGAAAAAUAUGGUAUUCCAAUUGAUACUUAUAUGCCACCAGUAGCGGGCACAAUUUUUUGGAUUAAUAAAUUAAAAGCUCGCAUCGAACAACCAAUGUUGGAAUUUAAUGAAUUAACACUCAAAAUUGCUGAAACUGAAGAAGCCGAAUACAUCAGACUUAAAUAUAAACAAAUGAUUGAAUUAUUAACUGCAAAAUCAGAAAAAGUAUUCGAUGAUUGGGUUACAUCCGUUCCAGAUAUUGUAAAAGAUAAAACAAACAUGUCCGUUCUAGUACGUGAUGGCGAUAAAAUACGUGUAAAUUUUGAUCAGCAAUUAGAGGAAGUUUUACGUGAAAUUCGCUAUUUAAAGUAUGCUGAAAUGAAAGAUCUUCCAAAAGCAGGAUUAGAUUUUUAUGGUAGAAAUGAAGAAUUAUAUAAAUUUAAAAUCAAAUUGAAACGUAUUGAAGAAUGGUAUAAUUUAUUGAUUGAGAAUUGUACAGAUGUCGAAUUGGAAAUGAUAUCAAACGAUAUGAGUGUUAUUGAUGAAAUGAUUAAUGAUUUAAUCCAGACAUACACAUGGAAUGAUGAUGUUUUGAGUCCGGUGGAAGCUGUUUACGAAAGAAUUGAGAAUGUAAAAAAUCGAAUUUUACAAGCGCAAAAGAAUUUAGAAGGAGUAUUGGAUGCAUUAAAAGAACUUGGCAAACAAUAUCUAUUUGAUAGGAAAAAUGGUAAAUUAUUAGCUAUCGAUACAAAAGAAGAUGCGAAAAAUAAAAGAUAUGGUGCAAUUAAAACAAUUGCUGAAGAUCUUAAGCAUGUAAUGGAAGAGAAUUAUUUGCUGUACUUCAACGUGAAAGAAGAGGAAAUCGAAGAAGAGGAGGAAGAAGAGGAAGAGGAAGAAACACCACCUCCUUCUCCGCCUAAGCCUCCAUCGCCACCCCCGUCAAAAGAUAAAAAAGGAAAAGGUAAAAAAGGAGAUAAAAAGAAAGCUAAAGUAUCAAAGAAAGAAAGUAAGGAGGAGAAAAAGGAGAGAAAAGCAGCAAUAUUAGCUGCGAAAGCAGAAGAGAGUCUUGCUGAAGAAGAAGAAAUGUGGGAAGCACAAGAAACAUUGGCGGAGCUUAGACGAUUCCGACGGGAAAAAUGGGAGAAAUAUGAGGAAUAUGUAGAUAGAAAGAUUGAACAUCUUUUGUUAAAUAUAUGCGCAAAAAGUAUCGAAAUUUUCAUGACAAAUACACAACCAGUUCAGCCACCAAAUACACCACCUCUCUUUGAAGUCGUUUUAGGUUUAAAAGAACCUGAUUUGGAUUAUAAGCCACCAAUAGAAUCAGAAGCUCCUGGUAGUUUAAUCACUAUAAUUGAAGAAUUGUUAAAUGAUAUCACUUAUCAAGGUGAACUGAUACCGCGAGUUGAUGAAAGGCAGCCAUAUCCUCAUUAUCGAGAGGUUAUCGAAAAUGAUCGUUACAUUUACGAUGAUACAACUGAAAUUAUUCAACGAGUUAUUCAAGCAAUCGAGUUAAUCGUUGAACAUGUGGAAUCAUUUGAACCACUACGAUACUUAUGGUCCGAUGAUAAAAAACAAGUAUUAGAUGAAUUUUUAAAGUAUAGUCGUCAAUUAACCGAUGAAGAACGUAUGAUGUUAGAAACGGAACCACCAAUGGUCAUCAAAGAGAAAAAACCAUUAAUUGAAGAUUUUCAACAUAGAAUUGAUUUUUAUGAGGAAAAGUAUGAGGAAUGUGAAAAAUUGGAAUUUGAUAAAGUUUUUGAUGCGUGGCUAAAUCUUAAUAUGAGACCAAUACGACAAGCAAUUUUAAAUCAUAUUCGAAAAUGGGGCAAUAUGUAUAAAGAUUAUAUUGUUAAUCAUGUCAUUAGCAGCCUGGAAACUUUGGACGAAUUCAUAAAAGAAGCUACCGCUGAAUUAAGCAAACAAAUUGUUCAAGAUGAUUACGGGCAAUUAGUUCGAAUAAUUACUUAUUUAAAUAAAAUUAAGGAUCGUCAAGCGGAAACGGAUGGAAUGUUUAAACCCAUUCAAGGAUUUAUGGAGUUACUAAAGACAUACGGUGUUAAAUUUGAGGAAGACGUUCAUGCCCUGCUACAAGAAUUACCUGAUAAAUGGAACAGUUUAAAAAAACAGUCGUACACUGUCAAAUCAAAUAUUGCCGAUUUACAUGCCGCUCAGUGUAAAUUGAUAUUAAAACGAUCAGCAUUAUUUCAAAUUCGACAACAACAAUUUAAACAAAAAUUCUUGGAAUUACCAAUAUUUAAUUUCGAAUGUACAAAUCCAUAUUUUCAUUUGGAUAAAUGUAAUAAAGAAUGUGAACAAUUGGAAGGGGUUCUAAACAAAAUUAAAGAUCAGGCAACUUUGUUUGAAGUUGAAUUACCAGAAUAUCUAGAUAUUGAACAUGUUCGCAGAAUUUUACCAAUGGCCAAGAGAACUUGGGACUACAUAUUAAUUGCAAAAUCACGAUUCGAUGAAUGGAAAAGUACAUUAUGGCAAAAAAUUGAUGUUGAAGCUAUGGAAACUGAUUGUAAAAAAAUGGCAAAAGAAAUUCGUCAAUUUGAUAAAGAAAUUCGUGGUUGGUCAAUUAUAGAAGCGUUGGAUGCUGAAGUAAAAAAUAUGCUAACAUCAUUAAAAGCAGUUACUGAAUUACAAAAUCCUGCAAUUCGAGAUCGUCAUUGGAAGCAAUUGGAGCAAGUGACUAAAGUAAAAAUUGAAAUGACUCCCCAAACAACACUUUCCGAUUUAUUAGAGCUCCAAUUGCAUAAAUUUGAGGAAGAUGUUAAAAAUACAGUGGACCAAGCUAUAAAGGAACAACAAAUGGAAAAGGCACUAAGAGAUAUAACAAAUAAUUGGAACACCAUGGAAAUGAGUUACGAUUAUAUGGAGAAAACUAAAUGCGAUGUUGUACGUCCGAGUGAAGAAAUUGUUGAACUUUUAGAAGAUAAUCAGGUCCAAAUACAAAAUAUGUUGAACUCAAAAUAUAUACCAUUCUUUUUUGAUGAAGUCUCAGAAUGGCAAAAAAAAUUAUCUACAUCCGAUGCAGUUAAUGCAUUAUGGUUUGAGGUACAACGUAAAUGGAUGUACUUGGAAUCAAUAUUUGUUGGAUCUGAUGAUAUUCGUCAGCAAUUACCUGCAGAAUCGAAAAAAUUUGAUGUUAUUAAUCAUACAUUCAGAGUAAACCUACUAGCAAACAUUUUAAAAACACCAAAUUUUGUAAAAGCAACAAACCAAUCAGGUCUUUAUGAUAAGCUUGAAGCAUUAAAUGCCGAUUUAAUUGUCUGUGAGAAAGCAUUAAACGAUUAUUUGGAAACAAAACGAUUAACAUAUCCACGAUUUUAUUUUAUAUCGUCUGCUGAUUUAUUAGACAUUUUAUCGAAUGGCAACUCUCCAGAACUAGUCCAAAGACAUUUGACAAAAUUAUACGAUUCAAUGGCAAAAUUAGAUUUCUUAAAACAAGGUGAUCAUUUACUGAAAGAUGCAAAAGGUAUGACUUCGAAAGAUGGCGAAUAUAUGCCAUUUGUUGGUAAAAUUCAAUGCGUUGGAAAAGUAGAAAUAUGGUUAAAUAAAUUAACAGAUAUCAUGCGAGUAACUGUAAAUCAAUGUAUACAUGAUUCAGUUUAUGCUUAUGAAGAAAAACCACGUGAUAAGUGGCUGUUCGAUUGGCCAGCACAGCCUGCGUUAGUAGCAACUCAAAUAUGGUGGGCAUCUGAAGUUAAUUUAUCAUUCUUUCGUAUGGAAGAAGGAUUUGAGAACGCUCUAAAAGAUUUUUCGAAGAAGCAAGUCAUACAAUUAAAUAAUUUAAUAAUGUUACUACUUGGUGAUUUAACUGAAGGCGAUCGACAAAAGAUUAUGACUGUCUGUACAAUUGAUGUACAUUCACGUGAUGUUGUGACCAAAAUGAUUGUAGAAAAAGUUGAAAAUGGUGGUGCAUUUCAAUGGCAAAGUCAAUUACGUCAUCGUUGGGAAGAUGAAACAAGUCAUUGUUAUGCUAAUAUUUGUGAUGCACAAUUUCGUUUUGAUUAUGAAUAUUUAGGAAAUACUCCACGUUUAGUGAUUACACCUCUAACGGAUCGAUGUUAUAUUACAUUAACACAAUCGUUGCAUUUAAUUAUGGGUGGCGCACCAGCUGGUCCUGCUGGUACUGGUAAGACGGAGACCACUAAAGAUUUGGGAAAGGCAUUAGGUAUGAUGGUGUAUGUUUUCAACUGUUCAGAACAAAUGGAUUACAAGUCCUGUGCAAAUAUUUAUAAAGGAUUAGCCCAGACAGGAGCAUGGGGUUGUUUUGAUGAAUUUAAUCGAAUUGCCGUUGAAGUGUUGUCUGUAAUUUCUGUUCAAGUAAAAACAAUACUCGAUGCUAUUAAAUUUAAAAAGAAAGUGUUCUUUUUUUAUGGGAAUGAUAUUGUAUUAAUACCCACAGUUGGUAUGUUUAUAACAAUGAAUCCUGGAUAUGCUGGACGAGCUGAAUUACCAGAAAAUUUAAAAGCCUUGUUCAGGCCUUGUGCUAUGGUUGUACCAGAUUUUGCGCUAAUAUCCGAAAUAAUGUUGGUAGCAGAAGGUUUUCAAGAUGCUCGAUUAUUAUCCAGAAAGUUUAUAACAUUAUAUACACUAUGCAGAGAAUUACUUUCAAAACAAGAUCAUUACGAUUGGGGUUUAAGAGCAAUCAAAUCUGUACUUGUGGUUGCAGGAUCUUUAAAACGAUCUGACCGACAAAGGCCCGAAGACCAAGUGCUUAUGCGAGCGUUACGAGAUUUCAACAUUCCAAAAAUAGUUACGGACGAUGUACCCAUUUUUAUGGGACUUAUUGGUGAUUUGUUUCCAGCACUUGAUGUUCCCAGAAAAAGGGAUCUAGAAUUUGAGGCACAAAUUAAACAAGCUGCUACUGAUAGGCUGCUACAACCUGAGGAUGGAUUUGUAUUGAAGAUUGUACAACUUAAAGAAUUAUUUGCCGUUCGACAUUCAGUAUUUAUUAUUGGAUUUGCUGGCACGGGAAAAAGUGAAGUAUGGCGAACUUUAUACAAAACAUAUCAAAAUUUAAAAAUGAAACCAUAUUAUAAUGACUUAAAUCCAAAAACUGUUACAAAUGAUGAACUAUUUGGUAUUAUUAAUCCAGCCACACGUGAAUGGAAAGAUGGAAUAGUGUCCGUAUUAAUACGUGAUCAAUCUCAACUACCAGGCGAUGGUCCUAAAUGGCUAGUUUUGGAUGGGGACAUAGAUCCGAUGUGGAUUGAAUCAUUGAACACUGUCAUGGAUGAUAAUAAAGUACUAACGUUGGCCAGUAAUGAACGAAUUGCUCUUACAGCACAAAUGCGAUUACUAUUUGAAAUAUCAAAUUUACGAACUGCGACACCAGCUACUGUCUCGCGUGCUGGAAUUUUAUACAUUAAUCCAGCUGAUUUGGGAUGGAAUCCAUUUGUAUCUUCAUGGAUCGAAACUCGAGAGACAGCAUCAGAAAAAGCACAAUUGAUAAUAUUAUUCGAUAAAUAUGUGAAUCCAUGUCUGGAAGUAUUAAAAACAAAAUUAAAGAAAAUUACUUCAAUUCCUGAAUGUGCCCAUCUUGAGAUGUUAUGCUUUCUUUUGGAAAGUUUAUUAACACCACAAAAUGUACCAAAAGAUUGUCCUAGAGAAUGGUAUGAAAUAUAUUUUGUAUUCGCUUCCGUUUGGGCAUUUGGAUCAUCAAUGUUUCAAGAUCAACUUAUUGAUUGGCGUAAUGAGUUCCAUAAAUGGUGGAUUAAUGAAUUUAAAACUGUUCGAUUUCCCUUACAAAAUACUGUUUUUGAUUAUUAUGUAGAUCCACAAACAAAAAAAUUUGUACCAUGGUCAAAUCGAGUGAAAAAAUUUGAAUUAGAUACAGACAUACCUUUAUCGAGUACUUUAGUAGAUACAAGUGAAACAUCACGUUAUAGAUUCUUUAUGGAUUUACUGUUACCGAUAAAAGCGCCAAUUAUGCUCAUUGGAACAGCAGGCACUGGUAAAAGUGUAAUUAUUUCAGAUAAAUUAGGUACAUUACCCGAAAAUUAUCUAAUAUGUAAUGUACCAUUCAACUUCUACACAACAUCCGAGAUGUUACAGCGUGUACUAGAAAAACCGUUAGUAAAAAAAGCUGGCAGAAAUUAUGGACCACCCGGUACCAAAAUGAUGAUAUAUUUUAUUGACGAUUUAAAUAUGCCAGAAGUGGAUACAUAUGGAACAGUACAACCGCACACAUUAAUCCGGCAACAUAUGGAUUAUGAACAUUGGUAUGAUCGUGUUAAGAUCCAAUUAAAGGAAAUCCAUAAUGUACAAUAUGUUGCGUGCAUGAAUCCAACAGCUGGAUCUUUUACAAUUGAUCCACGAUUACAAAGACAUUUUUGUGUUUUUGCUGUAAGUUUUCCAAGAACUGACGCAUUAAUGCGAAUUUAUUCAGAAAUAUUACAUCAACAUUUGAUAGCACCACAUAAUAAAUAUUUACCAUCUGUUGCUGACGAAAUCGAAAAAGUGAUUGCGAUCGCAUUAGAUACGCAUAAAAAAGUUACAGAAAACUUUUUACCAACGGCUAUUAAAUUUCAUUAUAUUUUUAAUAUACGAGAUCUUUCAAAUAUAUUCCAGGGAAUCUUAUUUACAACAGGUGAAUGUAUUAAAAAUACAUCAGAUUUAUUACGCGUUUAUAUGCAUGAAGCUACACGUGUCUAUUGUGAUAAAUUAGUUGAAGCUGAAGAUAUCAAAAUAUUUAAUCGAAUUGUCUCCGAUUGUAUUAAAAAGGGUGAAAUUGAAGAAUUAAAUGAAGCUUCUAUUUUUACGGAGCCUUUAAUAUAUUGCCAUUUUGCGGAAGGAAUAGGUGAUCCAAAGUACUUACCAAUUAGAGAUUGGGAUCAAUUGAAUAAAUUAUUAAAUGAGGCAUUAACAAAUUAUAAUGAAUUGAUUGCAAUUAUGAAUUUGGUAUUAUUUGAAGAUGCUAUGUAUCAUUUAUGCAGAAUAAAUCGAAUCAUGGAAGCACCACGUGGAAAUGGUCUAUUAAUUGGCGUUGGUGGUUCUGGAAAACAAUCUUUGUCUAGAUUAGCAGCCAGUAUCUCAUCAUUGGAAGUAUUCCAGGUUCAAUUACGUAAAGGCUAUUCAAUAGCAGAUUUAAAAGCAGAUAUUGCCGUUUUGUAUAUGAAAGCUGGCGUGAAAGGAGUUGGAAUCGUAUUUUUAAUGAAUGAUUCUCAAGUAGCGGAUGAGAAAUUUUUGGUUGUUAUAAAUGAUAUAUUGGCUACUGGUGAAAUACCCGAAUUGUUCCCAGAUGAUGAUGUUGAAAAUAUUAUAGCUGCUAUGCGAAAUGAAGUGAAAAUAGCUGGAAUACCAGAUACACGUGAAAAUUGUUGGAAAUUUUUUAUUGAUCGCGUACGUAAAACCAUGAAAAUUACUUUAUGCUUUUCACCAGUUGGAUCAACAUUACGUAUUCGAGGAAGAAAAUUUCCAGCGAUUGUAAAUUGUACGUCAAUUGACUGGUUUCAUGAAUGGCCCCAAGACGCUUUAGAAUCAGUAUCAAAGCGCUUUUUAUCUGAAUUACCAUGUUUACCGAAUGAAUUGGUUGUUCCAGUUUCACUUUACAUGUCGUAUGUUCAUACGAUCGUAAAUCAAACGUCUCAAGUGUAUUUGGCAAAUGAAAAGAGAUAUAAUUAUACAACGCCAAAAUCAUUUUUGGAACAAAUUGAUUUAUAUUCUAGAUUAUUGACAAAGAAUAUUGAUGAAGCAAGAGAUCGAAUUCAUCGAUUAACUAAUGGUUUAGAGAAGUUAAGAACUACAGCCGGUGAAGUAGCGGGAUUAAAAGAAAAAUUAGGCUUACAAGAGGUUGAAUUAAUAGCAAAAAAUAAAGCUGCCGAAGAUUUAAUUAAAAUCGUAAGUGAAGAGAAUGAAAAAGUUGGAAAAGAAAAAGACUAUGCUGCGAGUGAGGAAAAAAAAGUGCGAGUUAUUGAAGAAGAUGUAACCAAGAAGGCAAAAGCUUGUGCUGAAGAUUUACGAAAAGCAGAACCUGCUCUAAUUCAAGCAAAAGCAGCUUUAGAUACUUUAAAUAAAACGAAUCUAACUGAAUUAAAAUCCUUUGGAGCACCACCAGAAGCUGUAAUAAUGGUUUGUGAAGCUGUUAUGGUCUUAAUGGCCAAAGGUGGUCGAGUACCAAAAGAUAGAUCUUGGAAAGCUGCAAAGGUAAUGAUGGCUAAAGUCGAUAAAUUUUUGGAAAAUCUGGUUAAAUAUGAUAAAGAUAAUAUCGCACCAGAAGUUGUAAAAGUAACCAAACAACAAUACUUAAGUAAUCCUAAAUUUGAUCCAGAAUCAAUAAAAGCUAAAUCAAUGGCUGCUUAUGGUCUUUCAUUAUGGGUCAUUAAUAUAAUCAAAUAUAAUGAUGUAUAUGUUGUGGUCGAACCAAAAAGAAAAGCACUUCAAAAAGCAAAUCAAGAGUUAAAAGAUGCCCAAAAUCGAUUAUUAGAAUUAAAAUUGAAAUUAGAGCAAUUAGAAGAACAAUUAGGAGAACUAAAAGCACAAUUCGAUUCAGCAGUCGAGGCUAAAAUAAAAUGCCAACAAGAAGCAGAUGCAACCGCUUUGACAAUUGAUUUAGCCAAUCGAUUAGUCAAUGGUUUGGCUUCAGAAAAUAUACGAUGGAAGGCUUCGGUCAUAAGCUUAAACGAAUCAAUUAUAACAUUGCCUGGUGAUAUAUUACAAGUGACAGCCUUCAUUUCAUACGUGGGCUGUUUCACAAGAAAAUAUCGUGCAGAUCUCAUAAAUAAAUAUUGGGAACCGUUUAUAGACAGGCAACCAAUACCUAAAACACCCGAUUUAGAUCCGUUAACAUUGCUAACAGAUGAUGCUCAAAUUGCACAGUGGAAUAAUGAAGGUUUACCAAGUGAUAGAAUGUCCACAGAAAAUGCGACAAUAUUAACAAACUCAUCGAGAUGGCCACUAAUGAUUGAUCCACAGUUACAAGGAAUCAAAUGGAUAAAAACAAAAUACGGAGAUGAAUUAAUAGUAUUACGAUUGACAAUGAAAAACUAUUUAGAUCGAUUAGAACGAGCUAUUGAGAAUGGCAACACUGUAUUACUAGAAAAUAUUGGUGAAUCAGUUGAUGCAGUGCUAGAUCCAUUAUUGGGCCGAGUAUUAAUAAAAAAGGGAAAAGUUUUAAAAAUGGGUGAUAAAGAAGUCGAUUUUAGUGAAAAAUUCCGUUUAAUUCUUCAUACGAAAUUAGCGAAUCCACAUUAUAGACCAGAAAUGCAAGCACAGUGUACACUUAUUAAUUUUACUGUUACAAAGGACGGAUUGGAAGAACAACUUUUAGCUGAAGUGGUUAAAGCUGAACGACCUGACUUAGAAUUAUUAAAAUCUGAGCUAACAAAACAAAAUAACAAUUUCAAAAUAACAUUGAAAAAUUGUGAAGCAAGUCUGUUAGCACGUUUAUCAUCUGCUAGUGGUAACAUACUAGGUGAUGUGGCAUUGGUUGAAAACCUGGAAACAACGAAAAAAACUGCUGCCGAAAUAAAUAUUAAAGUUGAAGAAGCUAAAGUGACAACCGUACAAAUUGAUGAAGCACGUGAAGCAUAUAGACCAGCUGGUGCUCGAAGCUCACUAUUAUAUUUCGUAUUAAACGAUUUACAAAAAAUCAAUCCAAUUUAUCAAUUUUCAUUGAAAGCGUUUAGUGCUGUUUUUGUACGAGCUAUUGAAAAUGCAAUACCUAAUGAAGUUGUCGCCGAACGGGUUUAUAAUUUAAUUGAUAAUAUUACAUUUUCUGUUUAUCUGUAUACGAAUCGAAGUUUGUUCGAAAAGGAUAAAUUAAUUUUCUUGAGUCAUUUAACUUUACAAAUCCUCUCAGCAAAUAAGGAAUGUCCAGCUGAUGAAAUUGAUUUUCUAUUUCGAAUGCCACUUCAGCCAGUUACCGUUUCACCACUAGAUUUUCUACCUCCAACUGCUUGGGGAGCAAUAAAAACAUUAUCCACUCUGGCCGAAUUCCAAGGCUUAGGUAAAGAUAUUGAAGGAUCAUGGAAAAGAUGGAAAAAGUUUGUAAAUUCUGAAGCACCAGAGUAUGAAAAAUUCCCGUCUGAAUGGAAAAAUAAAACUCCUCUACAGCAGUUAUGUAUGAUGCGAGCAUUGAGGCCGGAUCGCAUUACUUAUGCCGUAAAAGUAUUUGUGGAUAUUAAAUUGGGAAAAAAAUUUAUCGAAACUCAUAUUAUUCCAUUUCCUGUAUCGUUUUCGGAAUCGUCAGCAUUUACACCCAUAUUUUUCAUUCUGUCACCUGGAGUCGAUCCGAUGAAGGAUGUAGAAAAAUUGGGUCGUACUUUAGGAUAUUCUACUGACAAUCAUAAUUUCCAUAAUGUAUCACUUGGACAAGGUCAAGAAGAAGUUGCAGAAUCAGCUAUGGAUACCGCAUCUAGAGAUGGUCAUUGGGUCUUAUUACAAAAUAUCCAUUUAGUGGAAAGAUGGUUACCAACUUUAGAUAAGAAAAUGGAACAAGUUUUAGAAGGAGUACAUGAUAAUUAUAGACUAUUUAUUAGUGCAGAACCUGCACCAGAUCCAUCAUUUAAUAAAUUACCACAGGGUGUACUCGAAUCAUCCAUAAAAAUAACAAAUGAACCUCCAACGGGUAUGGCACCAAAUUUACAUGCUGCUUUCCAUCAAUUUACAGAAGAUACUUUAGAAAUGAGUAGCAAAGAUACAGAAUUCAGAUCAAUUUUAUUUUCAUUAUGCUAUUUUCACGCUGUCGUUGCUGAACGUAGAAAAUUUGGUGCUCAAGGAUGGAAUCGUGUUUAUCCAUUUAAUGUUGGCGAUUUAACAAUAUGUGUUUAUGUAUUAUAUAAUUAUUUAGAAAUUAAUCCGAAAGUACCAUGGGAAGAUCUGCGAUAUUUAUUUGGUGAAAUUAUGUAUGGUGGUCAUAUCACUGAUGAUUGGGAUCGUAAAUUAUGUCGAACGUUUUUGGAAGAGUAUAUGAAUCCAGAUUUGAUUGACUCAGAAGUGUAUCUGGCACCUGGAUUUUUAGCACCUCCAACUUUAGAUUAUCAAGGCUAUUUAAAAUAUAUUGAUGAAAAUUUACCACCGGAAACGCCAUAUUUAUAUGGGUUACAUCCAAACGCCGAAAUUGGGUUUUUAACAACUGUUGGCGAAGUGUUAUUUAAAACAUUAUUCGAAUUACAACCAAGAGAUGCUGGUGCAUCACAACAAGCUGUACCUAGAGAUGAGAAGAUAAAAACUAUAUUAGAGGAUUUUACGGAUAAAUUACCAGACUUAUAUAACAUGGCCGAAUUAUAUGCCAAAGUUGAAGAUUUAACACCAUAUACGAUCGUGGCGUUUCAAGAAUGUGAGCGUAUGAACCACUUAGUGGAUGCAAUGAAAACUCAACUCAAAGAAGUUGAACUAGGUUUAAAGGGUGAACUUACAAUAACAAAAGCUAUGGAAGAUUUACAAGAAUGCUUAUUUAUGGACGUAGUACCGCCUGCCUGGGAAAAAUUAGCCUAUCCCAGUUUAUUACCAUUAGGCGGCUGGUUUGCAGAUUUAACUGUACGAAUGUCUGAAUUGACAAACUGGACAUCCGAUUUUUCGUUACCUGCAACUAUUUGGUUAGCUGGCUUCUUCAAUCCGCAAUCACUUUUAACAGCUAUCAUGCAACAAACAGCCAGGAAAAAUGAAUGGCCAUUGGAUAGAAUGUGUUUAAAUUGUGAUGUUACGAAAAGGAAUCGAGAAGAUUUUACAGCCGCUCCACGAGAAGGAGCAUAUAUUUAUGGACUGAUAAUGGAAGGAGCACGCUGGGAUACAACCCUGGGUAGCAUUGUUGAAUCAAACAUGAAAGAAUUAUUCCCUCAAAUGCCUGUUGUAUUCAUUCGAGCUGUUACGCAAGAUAAACAAGACACUAAAAAUGUUUACGAAUGUCCCGUUUAUAAAACUAGAAUGCGUGGACCUACGUUUGUUUGGACAUUUAAUUUAAAAACGAAAGCCAAAGCAUCGAAAUGGAUUUUAGCAGGAGUUGCACUAAUUUUACAAAUUUAA